AUGAAGUUCGGAAAGAGCAUCUGCGUGCUCAAUGUUGGGGGAACCCGGUACGCCUUCACUCGUGAGGUGAUCAGGGAUUUCCCUCUCCGGCGCGUCAGCCGCUUGCAUGCAUGCGCAACCGAGAAAGAGGUCCUUGAACUGUGUGAUGACUAUGACCGAGACCGGAAUGAGUUUUUCUUCGACCGCCACGCACAGGCUUUUGUCUUCAUCAUGUUGUACGUUCGCUCCGGCAAACUCCGAUUUGUUCCUGGAGUGUGUGAGCUGUCCUUCUACACAGAAAUGCUUUACUGGGGGUUGGAGAGCGCGCACCUGGACUCCUGCUGCCAGAAACGCCUGGAUGAGAGGAUGUCUGACAUAGGACUUGACACUCUUUCGGAGGGGGACAUAGUGUUGUCAGGGGACGAGCCUCAGACCCCAGACGAGUCCGCGCCACCCAUUGCGCUCACCGGACGCGCUAAAUGGCUCGAGAAGAUGCGCAAAACAUUUGAGGAGCCCAACUCUUCCAUUGCUGCGCAGCUUUUAGCCUCAGUUUCUGUGAUUUUCGUGAUCAUUUCCAUGAUCAUGCUGUGCGCCAGCACGCUGCCGGAUUGGGACACAGCCAAGAGAAAUACAGUAGAGGAACACAGGAUAGUGGAGGCCGUGUGCAUUGGCUGGUUCACUGCAGAGUGCAUUGUGCGCUUUCUGUUGGCCAGAGACAAGUGGGACUUCAUCCGGCAUCCACUGAACAUCAUUGAUGUGAUUGCCAUUACCCCCUACUAUGUCACCAUGGCAAUGGCCCGCGCGGGGAUGCCGGGUGCUGGGCUCGGGGUCGCUGGAGUGAUACUCCGAGUGUUGAGGAUGAUGCGAGUGUUCUGGCUCAUGAAGUUGGCCAGACAUUUCCUGGGUCUGCAGACUCUGGGGCUGACGCUCAGGCGAUGCUACCGGGAGAUGGUCAUGCUGCUGGUGUUUGUGUGCGUUGCCAUGGCGAUAUACAGCGCCCUGGCACAGUUGCUGGAGCAUGGCUUGGACUUGGGAGCCCAGAACCAGGAUUACGCCAGCAUUCCAGCCGCCGCCUGGUGGGUCAUCAUCUCCAUGACAACAGUCGGAUACGGAGACGUUUACCCCGUGACCAUCGGGGGAAGGGUCCUUGGGGGAAUGUGCGUCGUCAGUGGCAUUGUACUCCUGGCACUGCCCAUCACAUUCAUCUACCACAGUUUUGUCCAGUGCUACCACGAACUCCGAAUGCGUUCCGCCAGAUAUGCAAGAAGUCUUUCUACAGAGAUGCUGCAAUGAUUCCGCUUCCAUCAGAAUACUGACAAGCUGAUCAUGAAAACGUCAUGAACUUCCCCGCUUUCUAGCUUCCCCCAUGAGUACCUCCUGUCAGUAUAUUGACAUCCAAUAAUUGUUUGCAUGAAGUGCUGCUAUCCUUUAGGGAACUCACCAGAACAUAACACACAUAAUUAUUUAUUAAAGACACACAGGAGCAAUCAGUCAAGUUUAGACAGCGUCUGCUGUUUACACUGUAUUCCCAUGGUUACAAUUCCAUCCGCCGUAAGGUGUGCACUCAUGUUUGCUCGGCUGUCAGCCUUUUACUUUGUUCCAAGAGCUACAUUAGGAUUGUGCAAGUUACACAAGAUUGAAAUCUGACCUAGAUGCAUCCUGUUGAAUCCGUGAGAGAAAAAAAAAACUAGAAGGAACAAGUGUGAGCAAAGUGGGCAUGGAGAGGUGGUUCACACAGAGGACUUUAAGUGUUAGAGAAGCUCAAGCCAAGAAUAAUGAAACAUGAGCUCAGGUCAGGAGGGACUACAAAGUGGCAGACGGUAAAAUGGAGACUGAUAUAACAGGGCAGAUGGAGAGCGAAAGGGAGGAUAAAGGAUUUUUGAGAGGAAAAAAUGACAGAAUGUCAUGAAAGACUGAUGAAUAGCUGCUUCAAUAUUUGUGAGGGAAUAUAAGGCAUUUUGUGUUUCUGUGUCUCCAAGGCAACUUCAUCCUUCAACAUGCCAAACAUAAUGGUGGUUGAUUUGUGCGUACACAAAUAGGCUACAUCCACGCAUACCUCCUGGCUGGCGCACAACAUUUUCACCCCUGGAUUACUUGAAAUAUCACAAGAUAAUAUUAAAAAAUAAAGAAACAGAGGCUGUCGCAGAGGAUGCUUCUGACAUUCCUUAUUCACACAUGUUUGCUGCAUCCAUUCUUUGCCAAGAUUAUACGUCUAGUUCAGGAGACACAUGAUCCAAAUAAACAAAUCAACACCUCACCCACACAACAGUCUUUCUCUACUUUCACUCUUCUCUUCCUGUUGAUGCCAUCAACCUCUCAAUUUUACACACAAACAUAUCAAGAUCAUGCUCUUCUCCGAUGAAAGAAAUAGAAUUGAUCUCUUUAUCCUCUUUGUUCUCAGAUUUGUAUCCUAUGUGUGCUCGCAGCAGAAACCUAGCAGCUCCGUAAAGCUUAGCAUGUACAGUGGACACCUCGAUAUCCCUGGUUUUGUUCUCGAUGUGCUUUAUAAGCAUUCUAGCUGUCAUAAAAAAUGAAAUCGAAUCAAUAUUUAAGGAGACACUUAAUGAUUCAUAAAUCAUGUAGCACUGUAUAUAGCCCGGUACAUUUGGCCAGGUCUGAUUAAAACCAUCAAUCAAAACAUUUUUAUUAUUAAUACGAUCAUUUGUGUCUAAGCUUUUUUUCCCUUGCUUUUUUUGAAAUAAAAAUGACUAUAUGUUGAACUCAGAGUGUCUAACUGAAUACAGAAAAUCUAUUAAUUGUAGAACUGUAUUUUUUAAGAUUUUAAGGGAAAGUGUACAUAAAAUAGAACUGAAUGACUUUUAAAUCUUGUGAAAUAUGAAUUCUUAUGGAAAUAAAUAAAUAGAUACCAAAUGUUGAAAGUGAGAUAUUUUAUUAUAGAGAAACAAAAAAAACCUGCAUAUUGGAAGUUGUUUAUAAAUUGAAAAGUUUGACAAUUUACUGAAUGCUAAUUAACUUAAUUGUAUGGGUGUAACGAUUAAUUGACUUAAUCUAUUAAUAAAUAUAUGCUCUUACAAUCAAACCAGAUUGAUAUGUCUGAGACAAUUGUUAAUUGAAUCGAACUAUGCAAUAAAAAUAUUUAAAAAUGAAACAAAUUUAUAUUUGAUAUUGAAAAAUAUAAUAUGGAUUGAAGCACACUCAGUUUAUUUUUAGGGGGGAGUAACUAUACAUUUUAACAAUUCAAUGAAUAUAAUAAUUUAUUUAUUAAUAUUUAUAAUAUAUUUAUUCUUAUCCAAUUAAUUAUUGAUUAAUCUGAAAACUUAAUAUGCACUGUUCAGUACCCAUGUGUUUAUCUGGGCACUGAUGUCCUGAAUUGAUUUUAGGUCAGUGAAUCGGAUCGAAUUGAAUCAAUCAAGAUGAACAUAUAUCGCUUAUGAAUCGUAUCGUCAGUCACAAAUGAUGGUACAAAACGAAUCGGUGUUAAAUAAUUCUUUGAACCCAGACUUAUUCACAACAAAUCAGACUUUAAGUUUCAAAAUCUUUAAGAAAUAUUUUUCAGGAUCUACUUUUGAAACUUCGGAUCAAGUUCAAAACAACUGUAAGUAUGAGAUUAUUUGCUUUACAUAACAUCAUCCAAAUAGUUUUUGGAGAUGUUCACAAGGGUUAGAUCUAAAUUUAAUCCAGAUGCCCUUGUGCUCCUCAGGCAGAGCUUUAGUAAAAGGAGGCACGGUUCUAUAAUGAAAAUCCCUGCAUGGACUCAGAAACAUCCCUGGAACUCAUUGCCUGUGUGAGCACAGGUCCCCGAGCCUUCGACAAAUGCAGGCCAAGGGUCUGUCGUAUAAAGGAGAAGCCGUCUUCUCCUAAGCAAAGCUCAUUUAAAGAGGACUGUGGCAAAGGGGAAAGCUGUCUCAUGGCCAGAAAAAAUAAAAUAAAAAAA